CGCUGAUUUUUUAGGUUGUUGUAAUGUUGUAGCGAAGAUUUUUGGCAUAGAAGUUAAUUUUUUCGACAUCUAAAAACUUCAAACGCAAGGCCCUGCUUGCUUUAGAGUUUGCGGAAAAACUAUAUUUAUUUGGUAUAUUUAUUUAGUAAUUUGAAGAAGUUUUCGUGAUUUAUCGGUCGCGGAUUUUUAAAUUGUUUCGACCAUCUGAUACGGAGAGGGAUGGAUGGAUGUAAGCCCCACUGAGAGUGCAGUGGAGGACCGUAACGCUUCUCCUUCAAAACAUCCAGCUCUGCACGAUACGAUUGCAGCGAAGCUCGAGAACCACAAACUCAACGGUGUUGAAAGUGGCACCACAGAUUCUGAGCACGAAAAUACGAAGCCAGCCAGCCAGUCCGUUGUCGAGGAGAAAAAGCUGCCGAUACAGAUCGUGAAACCCGAGCCAAGUCUAACCAUGUCAACAGCGAGAACUUCGGAUGACUCCAAAAUGCAGAAUGGAACGGGAUCGUAUGGAAAGAGCGAGCAGGUCCCCUCAAAGGGAAAGUAUGUCAAGCGCUUGGAAAAUACGAAAUACAUCAAGGAGACCACCGUCACGGAGCAGUAUUACGAUGAUGGAGUGCUGCGUUUUUCGCAUCCGCCCGACAUUCAGCGCGUGGAGACGUCCCCACCCAAUUUUUUCGUUAACAUCACCGAAUGCACGGAUGAAGCGUUCCGGGCGGGUGAGAUGCGCGCCAAGAAACGUUCUGCUGGGCGAAGCACCGCAACUCCUUCUGUGGAUAAGGAAGCGGAGCCAGAAAAAUUUCACGAUUCUGAUACCAACGAUGGUGAGAUCGUGAAGCGCAAGCGUCCCAGCAGGGCGACGACUCUGCUGAGUGAAGACGAGGAGGAUGAAAAGGUUGAAAAGCUUACCGAGAAAAGACGGAAAUCCAGCGAGCCAGUAGAGGAGAAAUAUACGAAAGGCACUUACGUAUUGGCUAAAUAUAAUGACAACAAUUAUUAUCCGGCCCAGAUUAUCGUGAAGGACGCUCAGCCAAGUCGAUGGCGCGUUAAAUUUACGGAUUCGAAAGAAGAAGAUCAAAUUCACGAGACCGAUUUGUUGAAACCGGGUGUUUGGCUGACUGUAAACCGUGCUAUUCUCAUCAAAGCUGGAAACGGUCUUGAAGGGGGAGAAUAUCAGGGCGCGACGAUCACACAACUGAUUAAAGAAGAGGGUAAAGCUCCCCGAUACAUUGUGAAAAUCCAGGACAGCAAGGAAACCAAAACAGUUAAUUUGGCUGAAGUGGCAAUUGAAGCGGAUGAAGUGCUUCGAGAAAAAUUUGGUAAUGGAACUGGCACUGAUAAAAAUGCAGUAUCUGCGGCGGAAUUCGAUGAAGGGACGGUUGUCUUUGGGCAAUGGAGUGAUGGAUGUUAUUACCCUGGAAAGAUCACGUCUUUUAAUAGCAAGAACAAACAAUAUGACGUCGAAUUUUUGGAUAACGAAACAGCAACCUUGUCUGCUGAUCAACUUGUCCUGGCUCAAGAUAUGGUUAAAGCGGAUCAUUCCGUUCAAGUCAAAAUUAAGACUGCGUACGAGAAGGGACAAAUUGUUUCCGUAACUGGUACCGGAGAUACUACACAGGCUAUGGUGCGAUUCAGUGCUACCAAACAAGAAGAUGUUCACAUUUCCGAGCUUGUUUUUGAUAAAAGCGAGGUCAAAAAGGUGCAGAAAGCUAAGGUCUCCAAGAAGGAUACUGACACCAGCUCCAACGAUACGUCUACCCCCCAACGGUCUAGACAGUCUACGCGCAUCAGUAGUACCACUUCCCCGCCCAAACCGAAGCCAGAAAAACUUGCUGCGUCCAAACCGGAAAAAGCUACCGCCACACCGAAGGCAAAACCGGAACCCAAAUCGGCUUCAAAAGCGAAACCAGCCUCUGCUAAAAAGUCAAAAGCGGUAGAAGAAAUAAAAAUCGAGGACGACGACGAAGAAGAUGAAGAUGAUCAGUCUAGGAAGUCCAUUGAGAGCGAUAAAGGCCAAACGUAUACGGUUGGGAAAACCACAUUCAAGCAUAAAGAGCAAGUGUUCGGAAAAUGGGAAGACGGACGCUGGUAUGCUGCAUGGGUAACGGGAGUUCGUCAGUCAAAACUGGAAGUUUCUUGGUGUGAAAACCAACAGCGGAACCAUUUGGUAAUGGAGGAUAUUAUUCGCGCUGCCGAUAUCCUUGAGGAAGGACUUCGUGUAAAUGUGAUCGUGGAGGGGAAGAAUUAUUACGAUGAGGUUGUGUUUGAGAAGUGGGUGGAUGAUGGACCACAUCUUGUGAAAAGCAAAAAGAAACAAGUGAUCGAGAAGAAGUUUGAGGAAAUGAUGAUCCAGAAUGAUGAAGUUGGACGCUGGAGGAAGAAGCGAGCCCAGAAAACUCCUACUACUUCUAAAGAAGAGUCGUCGACGGAGAAAACUGCAACGCCCAAAUCCUCAUCAAAGGCGACUCCAUCGGCCAAACAGACGAGUCCGAGGGUUUCUCAGGAUAAAUCAACAAAAAAACGUGCGCGAUCGACCUCUUCCGAAGACGAGAUAAAAUCGGCAAAAAGUUCAAAGAAGCCUGCCGCAAAGGCCUCUUCACCACUGGAGGAAUCUCCACCACGCGAUACGCAAGGACCGCCGUUGUCUCAGUGUUCGUUCAUUAUAACAAGUGGCGGAGAAAAGGAUCCGUCGUUCGAUCGUGACUAUAUUGUUUCGAAAGUUACGGAGUUGGGAGGGAAUGUUCUUAACGCGUUUGACGAUCUAGUGAACGUUGCUGGCAAACGUUAUUUGAUUUCUCCCAGCCCCUGUCGUACCGCCAAAUUUCUGCAGUGUUUGGCCGCUAAUUUCCCAUGCGUAUCCCAUAAAUGGAUUCUGGAUAUAGCCGAUAAGAAUAAGUUCGUUGAUUGUGGCAAGUAUCGACUAAAAACUGGAAAGUCAAGCACGGAUCAAAAACUGAUCGAUUGGACGCCGAGAAAAACAUUGUUGGACAAUAUGCGGAUUGCUUUAUAUGGAGGCGUGUCGUUCCGAUCGACGUGGGUUCCUGCGCUUAAACAGGCGAAAGCUACACCGACAGUGUUGGAGGAUCAGGAUACUGAUUCAAACAUGAAGCGGUUCGACGUGGUGAUUGUCGAAGAUCGCGCUCCCGCAGAAUUGAUCAGUGGUUGCAAGGAAGACAGUGUUCCUGUCACAACAGUGGAAUGGCUGAUUCAGACUCUGAUUCACGGAAAGAAAAUGGAAUUCGCUAGCUGGCCAUACCAGGAGGCCGCCCCUGACGGCUAAAUUAUCAGAGAAAAGUAUCAUUGCGUGGGCGAUCCGCAGUCCUUCACUUCGCUGAAUGUAUUUGUUUGAUUGUUUGCGAGUUGGGUGUAAUAAUAUGUACUAGAUAAGUAAUCGGUCUUGUAUAGGUUUAGGCGAUUUCAUGAUUCCUUUCCAGCUUUUUCAAUCUCAUUCAGGAUUUGAAUAUCACACGAAUUGUUUUUAUUCACGCGGGUUAUUUUUGCAGUACAACACACAAUUUUUUUGUUACAGAUUUUUUGAUGUUUUGUUUACAGUUGAAGCCGUGCUGAGAAAUUAGAUAUUCAAACAACAAUGCGAACAAGAA